GUCAUUUCAGUUAUAUUUUGCGAUAGUUGUAAAUGUAAGGUUAUGUGUAAAAUAUCUGAAAAAUAAAAGUAGUUUUGUGUUUGUUCAUAAAUAGUUUUAAAAAUUAAUAAUGGAGAAAAGAAAAGAGAAUAUAAGUGCUCGUAAAAUAUGCCGUUUUUGUUUGACGGACAGUGAUACAUUGGCGAAUUUGUAUGACAGAAUCCAAACAUCAAAGGAUUCUGUAAAUCUUCAUUUAAAAAUCUUAACAUGCAUUUCAGUUGAGGUUUUCCCAUCAGACAAGAUGCCCUGUUAUAUAUGUCAACGCUGCAAUACCCUAAUGAACUUGUUUUAUGAGUAUAAACAUAUUGUCCGACAAGCUGAUGAAAAUAUUUUGCAUUAUAUCCAAACUGGUACCACACUAGAACCUAUCAAGUGGUCAUCGUCGUUGAUAAAAGCUUCCAAAACAUCCAAAGAAGUAAUAAUGAAAACUGUGGUGGAAGGUGGAGCGACUGUUCAAGUUUCAUCUCAAGAUGCCUCCGACAGUGAGGAAGAGGAAUACUCCAAUGUUUAUAAUGUAAAGAUUGGAGAUGGAAUUGACAGUGAAGAAAAAACAGCUUGUAUAAAAGUUGUAUCAGCUAAAGCAUCUGAUAGUAUAAAACCUUCCAGAACAAACAAAGAAGCUGUUAGAUCUGAGAAGAAUUCUAUAGAGGGAUGCUGGCCGUGCGAUGAGUGUGACUGCACAUACCCGCUGCAGCAGCUGCUCGACCUGCACAAGACACAGAAGCACCGAGCUAGGACGGUGAAGUGCGAUAAAUGUGAUGCGAAAUUCUUCAAUAAGUAUGAUUUGUCCACUCAUUUGGUGCGCCACUCUGACGAGAUGCCAUUCCAGUGUGUUGCGUGUGGCAAACGAUUCAAGAGGAACAUAUUGCUUAAACGACAUGAAAAAUUUAUUCAUGCCGAUUUGCCUCAACAUGUAUGUUCAAAGUGUCCAGCCUCUUUCCUUUCAUUGGAAGAGUUUAAGGCUCACAAGAAGAAGCAUAUACAUGCGCCAAGACCAUACCCAUGCUCCCAGUGUGAUAAAACAUUCAAUGAAAGAGGACUGCUGCAGCGACAUAAGGAUGUAGUGCAUAAUAAAACACUGAGUUUCCACUGCGAGUAUUGCCCAGAGCGGUUCUCAUCUGUGACGAAGCUGGCGCGUCACGUGCGCGGCCACGCCGGCGUGAGGCCCUACCCAUGCAAGUUCUGCGACAAGAGCUUCAUCAAGUCACAUCAUUACACGAGACAUUUGCGCGUGCGUCACCGCAACGAACCCCGUGCGGAGGAGUUCCGCUGCGAGCAGUGCGACAUCACGUUUAGCACGCAGGACGAGCUCAUAUACCACUCCGCCAUACACGCCACACAGAGCCUCACCUGCCCGCUCUGCCAGGAGAAGUUUGAGGAUGUCGACGCUGUUACUACGCAUAUCAAGUCCCAUGUUACCGGCGACGAAUUUAUGUGUGACUUCUGCGAGUUGGUGUUCACUGCGCGGGAGAAGCUCGACGCUCACAUGAUUUGCGCUCACGAGGAGGAAAUGCAACAGGAUGUUCAUGACGAGGCAGCAGAGAUGGAAGCGGAAGAUGAAGACGAAGACAAUGCAAUUAACGUAAAAGAAGAGGAUGAGAAUAACAUGGUCAUAGAAAUAAAGAAACCUGACGAAUUUUUGAUAAAGGGAUCCAAUAAGAGUAAAAAUAUAACUGAAAAUGCAAAUUCUGAAGAGAGUGAAGCAGAGGCACCGCCAAUUGAGACGCCAAUUACCACAACAGUAAUAAAGAAACCGCCAAUCACGAUACUGUCGGAGCAAACGAUAUACAAACCCGCUGCACCUGUUGCUGUACCUGUUGUUGUACCUGUUGCUGUACCUGUUGCUGUAAAUGUUGCUGCACCUGUUACCAUAGAGAAGAAUGAAACACCCAGCGAAUCUCCCAAGCCGCCAGCGAAAAAGAGCAAUACUCAGUUACUGGAUAUCGUUUGGUCUGAAGAAGAAAAGGAACCCAAAUUAAAACCUGAACAACAUACGGAAGUUGUUGCAGUGAAAAAAGAAAAGCCAUUGACUAAAGUUGAAAGCAGCUCCGGCGUAGGAGACAAAACAUUACGACUCUUGGAGAAAGAAUUACAAGAUCUGAAACGGACAAACUCUUCAAAGACUCCAGCUAAACCAACCGACGCGAACCUCAAAAACAGAAGACCACUGCACACUUCUACACCAAAAUUAAAAUCUAGUGAAGAGAAGAAGUCUACGAAAGGAGUCAUAUCUAAGAAAGUGCCUACCAAAGAAAAUAAAGAGCCCAAGGAAGUUAAAGAGAAAGAACCAAAAACCAAUGGCAAUGAGAAAGAAGAAAAAGAAUCAAAGUCGCUACUCAAAAAUGGCGGCAACUCGAGCGACAAGAGUGCGGACGAGGGCGUCCGUCGGUCCACGCGGCCGUCCAAGAUCAGGAACUACGCGAAGAUGGUGCGCGACAAACCGCAGGCGGAGUCAGACGACGAUACCGAGGACGAUGAUGAUGAGGAGUACACGGAAGUCGAGUCCCGUCCGCGCGGCCGGCGGCCGAGCGUGAAGCAGUCGCCGAAGCCCGCGGCCCCGCCUACCGCCACUCCCGCCGCGCCGCCCAGGAAACGCGGACGACCGCGGAAAGACGUCACGCCUGUACCGGCUAAAGUGAAAAAAGAGUCUGAGGGGUCAGAUGAAGAGAAGGGAGAACCAAGCAGUAGUAAGCUGAAAGACUUACUGGAAGGAAAUAAGCCGUCAAACAGUACCCCAGAAGUGAAGUCACCACCGCCUAUGAUGGUCUAUCCAGGUGGACAGACGCUCAAAAAGGUCCCCAUGAAGGCAUUACCGCCUGGAGUGAAGCCGCUGCCUUUACCAGCGAAUGCUAGACCUGUUACCUCCGGCGACCUGUGCGAAAUGCAAAUUGGCAAGAAAGUUGUGAAGGUCCAGAAAAUAGUCAUGACUCGAGCAGAAGUGGAAGCUAUGGCUAAGAAGGGACUUGUUGAAAUGAAGGAUGGGACAAUGGUGCUGAAGCAGGGUAUAAAGUUACCGACCUCAGACCCAGCCAACAUCAAGUCUACCUUAGUAGGCGAAACUAGCGAAGCACCCAAAGAAGCGUCGCCCAAAAAGGACAUACCUAAAGCGGCCCCGACUCGGUGCGAUCUAGACGAAGUUUAGACAUUUAAAUAGUUAUUACACUAACGUUAUUUGUAAAUAUUGUCACUGGAUAUUUAGUGUAUAGAGUAAGUGGUGAAAUUUUAAAUAGAUCUGUGUUUCAAAGAGACAGGAGUAUUAAUAUUUAAUCCAAAUAAGUUUUAAGUUUUAGUUUCUUUAAGCUCGCUUAGCUUUAUGCAUGAAAUACGAAACGUUUUGUGUGGAAUAGUGGAAAGGAUUGUCUUUCUUUUAUACAGUUUGCUGAUUUGUGCAUAUAUUGUUUUUACUAACAGUAAUUAUUUUAACUUUUAUUAUGUCUGUAGCUGUGACUAUGUUAAUUUAUGUAGUGUAUGUUUUCCGUCACAAUUAUGUUCAAUAUUAUUUUGUAUACAAAUACAGACUACAUUUAAAACUAUGUCAUAUAGGUAUGCCUUUUAAAUUAAAAGUUAUAUUUGUAUUAAGAUUUAAGACAAUAUCAAUGUAAUAGAAAGUUAUGACUUAUGAUAAUAAUAAGUGUCACAUUAUUACA